AUGUCAUUCAGCGAAGUGGGCAUGAUGAUGCAACAAGAGCCGUCAAGGCGAGCGGACGAGGAGCGAGAACUAGGAAUGGGCCAUGUGAACAACCGCCUCUCUUUUAUAGCACCAAGAUACCCUCAAGCACCUAUGGAAUCCGAACACAGCUUCCUCAACGAAAUAGCCUCUCAUUUCGCCUCCUUUGAGUCCGCCUGUCGAGCAGGGGACCUCCACGCUGUGCAUGCCGCCGUCUCCCCACAGACCCGCUCCAGCGCAUUCCUCCACCACGGCCUAAUAAUCGCUCUCGAAGCAGGCCAUGUCGAUAUCGCCCGCUAUCUCCUCUCAACCGGCGCCCCUAUCACUCCUAAUACUCCCACUCAUAUCCUCUCCGCUCCACCGGAUCAACAGAUUGCGCUCUUCGAACUCCUUGCCCAAUCAGGCUGGGGCCCUAAUAUGCCCGGCGACUAUGGAACAGUCCUCUUGCCAAAAGUAGUGACCCACCUUCCAGUGUUAUGCUGGUUCCUUGCACAUGGCGCAAAUCCAAACUUAGGCGCGCACCACGAUAGUAGCGAUAUCGCAGGCCAUCCGAAUCCGCAAUCGUGCGCUGCGCUGGAAGCGGCUGCGGCGCGGGGGUCUGUUGAUGCGGUGCGGUUAUUGCUUAAUGCCGGUGCGUCGAUACAUUAUGGUACACCGUUGCACUUUGCGGCGGGGGCUUGUUCACCGGGAAUUGUGCCGCGGAGUGUUAUUAGUAAGGAGUUUGAUGCGAGUCGGAUCCCGAUCAUGGAGUUGUUGGUUGAGAGGGGGGCGGAUGUGAAUCAGAUGGGAGAGUCGAGAGUUGUUGUACAUCAUCCUAUUAUGUAUGCUGUUAUGGCUGGUGCGGUGGAGAGGGUUAAGUGGUUGUUGGAGCGGGGGGCUGACCCUGAGGCGAGAGGGGCUUGGGGGAGUGCGGCGGAGUACGUUGAUAUGGUUGGGAGUGAGGAGAUGAAGAAUGUGUUAAGGCAGAGUGUUAUUGAGAGGUCGAGGGAUGGGAGAUUGUUUGGAAAUCUUGCUAUACGGUUUAAGAUUCGAUGA